AUGGCUAAUUAUCGAAAAUUAAAAGUACAUGAAGUUGGAACAGAUACUUAUAUUGAUUAUGAAGCUAAUUAUCAACGAGUACCAUGUGCAUGUGCUUUUCAUCCAAAUCAUGAUUUAUGUGCAAUCAGUUAUGAUAAUGGUAAUAUUCGUCUUUAUUCAACCUUUAAUGAUAUACUUAAAUUAGUUAAAGAAUUUCAAUGUCAUUCACAAUGUAUAUUUGCUAUUGCUUGGAUAAGUGAUCGAUUAUUAUGUGCGACAUCAGGUGAUCAAAUAACAGUAAUUUAUGAUAUUGAAACAGGUGAUGAAAUUGAUCUAUUACGUGGCCAUACAAUGAGUGUACGAAGUGUAUGUAAAUUAUACUAUAGUACAAAUGUUCUAGCAACAGGUGGUCGAGAUUCAAUUAUUAAUAUUUAUGAUCGACGUUAUUCAAAAAAGCAAGGAGCUUUAUAUCCAAUUAGUUCAAUUGCUUGUGCUCAUAUAAGUUCAACAGCAUUACAAAAAUCAGCACGGAAAGAUACACGUAGUGUAACAGCUAUAGAAUUUCAAGAUGAACAUAAUUUAUAUUCAUGUGCUUGUGCUGAUAGUGCACUUAAAGUAUGGGAUCUUCGUUAUACAUAUUCACGUUUAAAUACAAAUCAUAUGCCUAAACCAAAACGUAUGUUAUGUGUACCAAUCGAUGAUGUUAAAUCAAUAAAUCGUCUUGUUGGUUUUUCUGAUAUGAAAAUGGAUUCAAAUCGAAUGAUACUUUUUGCUAAUUGUACAAAUAGUAAAAUAUAUCAAUUUGAUCUUCAUGAAAAUGCUUAUUUAUCUUCAUCAAAAAUUCAAUCUUAUACAGGUCAUCGUGUUGGAUCAUUUAAUAUUAAAAUAGCUCUUAGUCCAUAUGAUCAACUUUUAUUAACUGGUUCUAGUGAUUUUUAUUCAUAUAUUUAUCGAAUUAAUCAACCAUUGAUAGAACCUAUGAAAAUUGAACAUAAUUUUGAAGAAGUAACUGCCGUUGCUUAUCAUCCAACAAAUCCAUUUUCAUUUAUAACAUGUUCUGAUGAUUUUCAAGUUCGUCUUUGGUCUUUAUCAUUUGAUAAUGAAAUUUCUACAUCAUCAUGUUCAUUAUCGAAUACUCAUUCUGUAAAUAAUCAAUCACAUAAUAUUGUUACACUUCUUCGUCAUCGUCAAUAUGGUUUAACAAAUCGUAAAUCAAUUCUUUCAUCAGUUUUUCAUACAACUUCUUCAUCAAUACGUUUAUUAUCAUCGACAUAUGAGCGAAAAUUUUCUUUAUCAAAUCAAACAAUAUAUAAUAAUAAAAAUUUAAGUAGUCGAAAACGAACUGUAUCAGAAAAUGAUGAAAAUCGUCGUGAUCAUACAGAUGAAAAAACAUCAAAACGUUUAUGUCGUUCAUCAGAAUGGAUAUUUGGUGAUUCACAAUUAACAUUAUUUAAAUCCAUAUCAACUAUUGAUAAUCGUACAUCAAUUAUUGAUGAACAACAAACUACAUAUUUGUUAUCAAAAUCGGAUGGAUAUUUAUCAAAUAGUAAUAAUCAUAAUAAUCGACGUUAUUCAUCAGAUAAACAACAAACAAUUGAUACACUUUCAACUCUUGUUCUUUCCCAGUGA